GCACCGAUGAGAUUUGUUUACGACGGUACCGCAUCGUUUAGCCAACGAUAGCAGCCGCCUACUGCAUGGCUGUAUACCACCUGGAGAGAAGCAGCUAACGGAAAUCACCACCUCCAUCUCCUGUGUCAAAACAUGUCCUCUCAAGAGUCUUCUCGUUCUUCUGAGGAAGAUGAGUUGUUCUACACUCAUUGCAGAGCCGCUUAUCUCGCUGUCUUUAGAUCCAGUUUGACAAACAUCACUUCCAAACAGCAGUUAUGCCGCGCUCUCCAGCAAGCAGGAAGGAACCCAUCUCUUGCCACUCUGGAUAAAUACUGGACCUCCAGGAGGUCAACACUGAACUUUGAUGACUUCUGUGAGAUUCUACAGCAUGAGAAGAAAACGGAUGAACCUGAGCUGAUGAGGGCUUUCAAAAAAUUUGAUGUAAACGGUGAUGGCUACAUCACACACAGUGAACUGGAGCGUGCCCUCACCACUAGAGGAGAAAAAAUGACAGCUGAUGAAGUCAAUGCCAUUUUCACACUGGCUGACAUUAACAAGGAUGGGAAACUGAACUACGCAGAGUUCUGCAGAUUACUGGUGUCUACAGUAGAGCAGUGUCAAACUGUAGCUUUAGAGAGACUGGAGGGUGAUGCCAAGCUGAAGAUACAGAACUUUGGCAGUCAGUCAUACAGCCCUCCAAAGAGCUCCGCGUCAACGGCUCCAUCAGCAACGAUGGCAGCAGCUCAACCCCAACCUCCAGAAACGUCAGACACAACACUCCGAAAAGACAGCCGAUCGUCUUCUCGUCCCUCAUUGUCCCGCAGCAGACGCUCGUCUCUGUCCAACGCGGGGACGUCAGCCAGCUCUAAAACCAACAAAUCACCAGAACCAAUCGGCCUACAGGAUUGGCACCACACGUGCAUGAAGGGCUGCUUCUUCUUGGAGGACGACGGCAGCAUCAGCUCCCUGCAGUACCAGCUCCAUGUUCCUGAGACCACCGACGUCUACGUAACCAUUCAGCCCCUCAGCCUCAGUCACCGUUCUGAAAAGAGUUCUCCCUGGAUGACCGUGGACACGGCUCUGUUCAUCGUGCCGGCUGGUGAAGGCAAAGAAGACACAUCGACUGUGCAUUUCACUGAGGCAAAAGAAAAGGAGAAGUACGUUUGGAGAGGAGAACUGAGCGCAGGAACCUACUACCUGCUUCCCUUCACCAGUGGCUGCAGAUUUAAAAAGAGGAGCAAAAAGUCUCUCCCUAACAAACCAGUGGACCUUGUCUACAGAACAGAUACUGGAGAACUAGACCUGACCAGAGAGCUGAGGGAGGCGCUGACAGAUAUAUUUGAAAUCAUAGACCUUGAUGGAAAUGGUUUGCUCAGUCUGGAGGAGUACAACUUCUUUGAACUGAGGACCAGUGGAGAGAAGUGUGACAAAGAUGCUUGGGCUGUCUGUAAAGAAAACUUUGAUAUGAGAAAGAACCAGCUGACCAGACAGGGCUUCAUGGAGCUCAACCUGAUGGAGGCCACAGAGAAAGACGGAGACCCUGCAGAUCUGUGGCUCACCCUAGAGGCCAUGGGCUACAACCGCAUGCUGGAACUAGUAGAUGCUUGUCCGUUCCAGAUUGACGUUCACGCUGAAGGCCCACAGCCGUCGCUCCAGUCCCUCAGUAUGGAUUCAGGACCCAAGCUUCUAAUCCAGGCUCUUCAGAAAUCCAUCACCAGCAGGACAGGGGCCAAAGCUCUGAGGGGACAAGAAAAUGUUCUGGUCUACACGUACAGAGGGGAGCACAGGAUCUCUUCACUUAUAGCCAAUAAGACCAACCAGAAAGUGACUGUGCACAUCAACAAUGAGCAGAGCAGGAACUGCAGCAGCAGCAGAGGCUUGAGUGUGUUUGCAGUUGAGGUUCCAUCCAGAACCAAGAUGGUGUGCCAACAUGUCCUGCCUAUUAAUGAGAAGCAGGACUGGACCUACAACUGUGUGGAGACCAUACUGACGUACACCUGACAUGAACCUCUCUGAAACAAAAGAGCUCACCUGUGAGCUAUUACAGAGAAGUGGUGAGCAAAGAUUCCAAAUGGGGUUGAAGGUUAACAUGGCAGUGUAAUUAUUUUAUACUGGAAAGCCUGUUGUUGUAAUAAAAACAUGCAUUUUAAUAAUUUUAUGUUUACAUUUUUCUGACAUGGUGACAUGUCCUUAAAAAAUGAUGCCUUAAAAAUAUAUAUAAUGUUUUGGUUGUUUUUUUUAAGUCAGGACGUUUUAUUUUCUCAUUAUUUCAGCUUUUCCAGGUGAGAACAAUUGAUUACAAACUUGAUAUAAUAAUUUUCUCAUUAUUAGUGAUUUCUCUCUAAUUGCAUUCAUUCUGUUACUGUUCUGUGACUGAAAAAUGAUAUGUUACAAAAUCAAAUGGGUUAAAGUCACUCUUAAAUUACAACUUAAAUAUGAAGCUUUGGUCCUUUAUUUAGGUUUAUUCCCUUUACUCAAGUGGAUGUAAAUAAAUAUUUUAUUCCAGUAGUCCUGUAAGAACAGAGUUGUAAUAAUGAAUGUAGAAUACACAUAUGGUUACCACUUGAAUGCAUGACUUAUUUGUAUGGAAAUAACUCUGAAAUGACUCUGUUAUCCACUGGCAUUGGUUCAACCAAAGGUUUAAAUUGAUUAAAUAAUAAAUAAUUCAGC